CGUACGUCCUUUCGAUAUAUAUCCUGAAGCGCGCGAAUCCAAUGCGACAUCCAUCGUAGGUACCUGGAAAACAGGCGUUCAUGAUUUGUGGAAUAUUAGUGAAUGCGUGACUCGGCCAGUCAAUUCUGGGAGUUUCAUCACUCGUACUGGCAGCAUAUGCACUUCGCGCUUUCGCUGUAUGUUGUAUGGGUCAAUUUCAAGCACACCGUCCUCUCCAGCAAACUAUUAAGCAUCUAAACUUCGAUACUCCACUACAUAGGAACGCGGAUCGUAACCACCAAGCCACUCAACAACCGGCAACAUGACGCCCGUCGUAUAUCUCGAUCGCCUCCCUAUAAAUUCGGAGCCAUCCUUCAUACACACUGUGUUCGACGACGACGAGAAAGCUGGUAUCAAGGAGAUCCACACGUUUCCAGGCGGCCGCGGCGCCUGUGCCUGGGUUGUAUUCGACUCCCAAGAAAAUGCAGAAAACGCUGCCGCAAGGUACGAUGGGCGUCAAUUUGGGCCAGUAAGCCAGAAAACCCACGCGUCACUCAAACCCGAGUCUUUGAUCCCUACAUCUGCCACAAAUACCUUGACCAAGUUUCUCCACGACCGUGACAACCAGAUAGAGUCGCGCACUGUUAGAAUCACGCACUUGCCUGAGAACCACACGCUCCGCAGUAUGAAUGCACUCUUCGGGCCAAUGAUGGAGGCUUUCGACUGCCAUGAGCCCGAGGAGGACCCAUACUUUGGAAGCUACGAGCCCAACGAGAUCUUGCAUAUGAAGUCUCCGCAGCCCGGGGUUGGUUUGGUGCAGUUAGCAAAGCCGAGUAUGGCGGUCAAAGUUGUUCGUGAAUUCGCCGGCACCUAUUUGAAAAAUGGCACCUUGGAUUUGCGUUGCGUGCCGGACGAAGAAAUGGAAGACCUACUUGUCGAUACUGGCCCCGCGCAUGGAAAGGCUAUUCAGCUGUUUGUUGGUGGUAUCAAGCCCGGUUCCUCGAAGGCAGAUAUCCAGAACAUCUUCACAGGCUAUAAGGUGCUCGAUGUCAGAAUUCCUGGAGGAGGGAAGAGCUUCUGCUUCAUGUUUGCACGCCAGAAGGAUGCGGAUGCUAUUUUGGCCAAAUACGAAAAAGGCUUCAAUUUUGAGGGCAGGACGAUUCGUGUCAACCUGGCAGAUAAAGGCAAGAAGAAGGGUGGGGGCAAUCCGUCUACUCCUGGCUCCCCCUCCACGCCCAGAGGCUCAACGACCGACCUAAAAGUCAACAAUCUACCGUAUGGGGUAGCAGAAUCCACCAUACGCAUGCUGUUUCAGGGUUUCAAUGUUUCCAAGGUCGUGAUCAGGCAUGGCUUUGCUUUUGUCGGCAUUGCAUCGAACGAAGUAGAGCGUGCCAUUCAAGAACUGAACGACAAGCCUAUUGGUGAGAUGAAUAUCUCUGUGAAGGUUUCUGAGCGUCGUAAAGGCUGAACUAAGUCUAUGGUCAUCUCCACGGACAGAGUGCAUUAUCGGAUGGAGCUCUUGGAAUCGGGGACUGGCACUUGACGUUUUUGAAAACCUCUUUAGAUGGGGCAAAAGUUACGCACACUUGGCAAAGUCUCGUACAUGUUGGACUUCCGUGAUGCAUCAGUUGCUAGAUAUCUUGUUUCGGCGUUAUUAUUGCUGUGUCAAUGGAUUAAAGUUUU